GGAGGGGGGGAGAGAGAAACAGGCGAACUAUUGAUGACAACAAUGCAAGAGAGAGAGGAGAGGAAUGAAGAGAGUGAAGAAGGGAUAAUAGAGAGGAUGCCGAGCAAGAGAGAGACAUGGAAGGACAGAACAGAGGAAUGGCUCUGUGAUGCAGCAAUAAGAGGGGAUGUAGUAUCACUCAAGGAAAUAAUGACAAUAGAUGAAUACAUUCUGGAUAAAGUUUUGGUGGGAAGUUUCAAAGGGAAAAAUCCUCUUCACAUGGCUACAUCAACAGGGCAAAAAGAAUUUGUUCAAGAACUUUUGAAAUAUGAAAAAGAUCUUGCUAAUGUUGUAGACACGGAACUAGGCACGGCCCUCCACGUAGCAUCCUCCAAGGGGUAUUCAGAUAUUGUGAAACUUUUAGUGAAAGUAAACCCUGAGAUGUGCGUGGCUUGUGAUCGAGAAGGUAAUAACCCUCUUCAUAUCGCUACCAUGAAAGGUAAUGAUGAAGUAUUGAAGGUGUUGCUUCGAACCAACCCCCGUGCAGCUCGACUUAUGGUGGAUCGAGGUGACAAUAUUUUGCACUUGUGUGUAAACUAUAAUCAGCUUGAGAGUCUGAAGCUACUGCUAGACGAGGUUGGAGAUAAAGAAUUCGUCAAUUGUACUGAUAUCAAGGGCAACAACAUAUUGCAUCUCGCUGUUUUUGGUAAACGACAUGAGAUUAUCAAACAUCUGCUGCAAGAGUGGCCGCUAAAAAAACCAAAAGAUGGUGAUGAGCAUGGUCAAUUAAUAGAUGUGAAUGCAAGAAAUGGAAGUGGGUGGACGGCGCUGGAUAUUCAUUCUCAAGUAGCAGAGAGCGAAGACAAGAGUAGUGAUGAGUAUAUCAAAAACGUCCUACGUGAAUAUGGGGUUAAAAGAUCCGACAAACUUUUUUUCCCAUUCGAUCCUUAUUGGCAGAAGAAGAAAAAGGAUACAUUAAUGAUUGUAUCUUCGCUGAUGGCGACGAUGUCAUUCCAAGUCGGAAUCAACCCUCCUGGCGGUGUUUGGGUUGACAGUUCACCAGAACACAAAGCCGGGAAAGCUAUAGUUGCUUAUACCAUUCCCAAAGCGUAUCCGUACUUAAUGUAUUUCAACACACUAGGAUUCCUUCUGUCUUUGACUACUAUCUUAGAGCUCAUUGUUGUUUUGCCAACGCGAAAAAGGGCUUUUGGGUUUAUUAGAGCUGGGAUCUCGUGGCUGACGAUCAUGAUCAUGGCGUUCGCUUAUGCAUUUUCCGUCAUUGUUGUCUCACCCACGGAGAUGUAUAAACCCGUAAACCUUGUCAUUUCGGUUACUGUUACAGUGUGGGCCGCUGGGGUAACAUUCCUCCGCGUACUGCCAUACCACGUUAAUUUGAAACUGCUUCGCUUGAUAGGAUAUGUGCUACUACUACCUGUACUUUUGCCUGUAGGUAUAGCUGCAUGUUUCGUUGGAAUUUACGAAGUAUGUUGUGAAACUGAGCCCAUUGGAAGUACUGUCCAGUCGACUGGAGAUACGGCCUCAACACCAAAUCCAACUGCAGUUAGCCAGAACGACUCGACGAGUGUUUCGAUCCCGGAUUAAUUAUUCAAUGGUCUUUGGCAGUGCCUCUCAUUCGUGUCCCAACACCCGUCCCCACCACACAUUCAUGUGGAAUCCGUACAUUUUAUCCUGGAUAGAAAUGUAAAGUGGAAUUAAAUGGUUUCAAGUCACCACGUGUCGGUGCCCCAAGAGCACGCAGCAAUUGUUCUUCAAUCACACCAUGCCGUGAGUUUUUUAUGCUAGGAAAGUGCUAUAGGACAUUUUCUUUUGGGUGUCCUCGUUAUGUAUUUGUACAUGCUACAAAUUUAAGUUACUUGUGUUGUGAAUCUAAUAAGAUUUGUGUUAUUAA